UCGCCUCGUUGCUGUGGAACAAUAAUAUAAAUGGCUCGACAAACGCCGCUUUUAUCCUUUGAAACUUAGCAGCACCAUGGCAUUUGGAGGUGCUAUGUAGCUCACGCAUAAUAAAGUGAGCGGACGAAGUCGAAUUCGUGUAGUGUGCGAGACGUAUUUCAACAUGUGGCGUAAUGGCGUCAGCUUCUUUGGAAGAGGGAUUUUAAGUCGGCGACGGCUUACCUUCAUUGUCGGGGUCAUUAGUAUUCCUUUCGCAGGGUGUUUGCUGCUAUUGUUUUCCUCUAAAAAUGGAGGUUUUCAGCGUCGUGUUAGUACUACUCCGUGCAAUUGUCCAUGUGCGAGAAGUCAACAAUUAGAACCGAAAGCGAACGUUGAAAAACCUAUAGCGGACGAACAAAAUGCAUUGUCAACGUUUACACGGGAACUGAAUAGUGGAUAUGUCCCUUCGACUAUUGGCUCUCUGAAUCUUCAUAUUUGGUCUGGGGUAUGCGGCACGAAAGUCGAUAAUUUACGAAAGUGGCCUCAUUUUCCUUAUCACCCACACAGGCGCUUAUCUGUAUCUGCAUUUCAUUUUACUGAAAAUCCCGCUUCACAAUCCACCGGAUAUAGAUUCUUUGGAUUCGUCCAUCCGAGGGAAAGCGGCGUGUACAAGUUUGCCAUAUCAUCCGAUGACACUUCUGAAUUAUGGUUGAGUGCAAAUGAGGACCCUGCUUCAAGUAAGUUGAUUGCUCGUGUUUAUUCUCCCACAGAAUCUGCUUGGACUUCAGAUGGAGACUACAAAAAGUAUGCGGAGCAAAUAUCUAAGGAGGUCACCCUUCACACCGGUAAAAAAUAUUACAUUGAGUCUUUACUUAAACAGGAAGCUGGGGCAGUUCAUUUGGCUGUGUAUUGGUCUCGUAAUUCAAAGUUUGAAAUUAUAACCUCGGAUUACUUGACGAGCUUUGUUGAACAUAGCUUUGAUGAUAUUCCCCUACACGCGGGUAAACAAAAUAGCUUGAUACUCGAAAACAAAAGGAAGUUAUUUUACUUUCAUCGUCUUCCUCUCAUUGACCGCGCUCAAUUUAGUGGCGUUUUGCCGACCUGUUCUUAUAGCCCGAGCUUUCUGGUGCGUGAGAAACUAGUGAAGUACCAAAGUGUUUGGUUGCAACGUGAGUCAAACGUGUACCCGCAAGAUGAUUCGGUAAUGACUAAGGCAGCCUUGACUAACGAAUGGACGCAUACUAAUAAAGUUGCAAAGAAGGAUCGAGUAAUAGCUGUCGUAGACGAGUUGAUGAAAUCUUUACCGUCCGGAAAAUACUUUUUGAAGAAAAUACACAAAGUGACUCAAAAGCCAGACGAAAAAAAAGGCGAUCGCUUCUUAUUAAACCUUGAACUUGGCUCAAAGAACACCAGUCAAACAUUUAGGCUGUCGGAGCACAUUUACCAACCGAAAGGAAAUCACAAUUUGUGCCUUCCAGAUGGAUUGAACUGGAAUAAAAGCGCCAAGAUCUAUAUCGUUCUACCUGUCAAGGAACAAGGAAACUGGGUGCACUAUUUUAUUGAACAACUAACUUAUGCUAGCUUGGCAACUGGUGACAAUAACUUUCACGUCGUUGUUGCUGAUUUUGAAAGUAAAGAUAUUGAUAUAGCCAAGGCUUUCCAAACACCUCUACUUCACAGCAGGCAUAGUAUUGUUACACUAAGGGGUAAAUUCUACAAGACGCUGGCCCUAAACGUAGCCUGUCAGCUUGUUUCCAACCCAAACGAUAUAAUUUUUCUGUUUGACUUGCAUAUUGACAUGCCCGUGGAUCUUUUGGACCAUGUUCGAAUGAACACCAUUGCUGGUCGAUUGGCUUAUUUUCCAAUCGUUGGCCGACUGAAUUGUGGCAGUACUUCUGAAGAACAUCAAGGAUUUUGGCAAUGGAACGGGUUUGGAAUCGCGUCAAUGUAUAAAUCUGAUUGGGAGAGAUUUGGGGGGAUGAAUGCUCAGGAAUACAAGUACAAUUGGGGUGGGGAAGACUGGGACCUUCUUGACCGCGUGAUGCAGUUACCCUUGGAAGUGGAGCGGAUCAGGUACCCAGGCCUCUAUCAUCAUUAUCAUAAAAAAAAGGCAAAGUGGAAUUAGAGUGGGAUUAGUGAGAUGAGUCUAGAAACAUUAGUGAGGUUAAAAGUUACGAUCCGAGAGAUCUAACAAAAUAUACAUUUUUCAACUCUUUGCCGUAAUUAACCAGGCAGAUUAACAGUAGGGUAUUAAAACGUCGGAAAA